CUCCACCUGGGACUGGAAAAGCUGAAUCGAACUCCCCUCCAGCUCGCUGUAAUUUGCAAAUUCCAUCCGGGUCCUCUGCAAUUCCGCAAGACAUAGCUGGGGAAGAUGGAGAAUAUGCAGUAUGCUGAGGAGCUUGUGAGGGAGUUUCUUGUGUUUAGAGGAUUCACCAACACUUUGCAAACUUUUGAUUCCGAAUUAUCUACGGAUAUUGGUAAAGGAUUUCAAGUGGAUAGGAUAAUGGAAUUAAUCUUCUCAGUGUAUGUACCUAAGUUUCAGGCAGAUAAGUUAGUUGGCCUGUUCAGUUUUUUCAAGCUGUGUCUCUCUUCAUCAUCCGAGACCGUACUUUUGGCUACUCUUUCUAAAUUGGAGGUGUCAAUUCUACGGUACUACGUUGUUAAUGCCAUCCAGUCAGGGAGGAGGGACAAAGUUUUAGAGUUCUUUGGAAUGAAUGGGAAUGAUUUGUUGCAAAGGGACAAGGAUUGGACUGCAUGGUUUGCCAUUCCAUAUGUAAAGAAACCAAACUCUGAUCCUGAGUUUCGUAUAUACUUUUCAAAGGAAUGGUACGAGGCCUUGCGUUUAUCUGUGAGGAAUUUCUUUAGUGAGAUCUUCAAUGGUACUCGCAUGCCAGCCCUUUUGAAAAUCAGUUCAGAGAAGACUACUGUCAACCGUCUGAAAAAAGACAUCAAGCAACUCAAUCUCAAGCUGUCUGAACUUCAGGCUUUGUUGGAGGAAAAAGAUGGUGAAUUAUGCCAGUUAAGAAGUAAUUGUUCAUCAGUAGCCGAUGCAAGCACUGAACGAACCAGGAGUUCAUCAAGUGUAGUGCAUGAGCAAAAUCGUCUUAUAUCUAAAGAUACUCAGGAAAAUUGCCCUCCUGAUACUUUUCAAAUAGAAGAAGCAGAGGUGGAUCCAGAUUGGGUUGUUGCUGGAAACAUGGGAAGUAGACCAGAAUUUAACAUAUCUAAGUCGGAUCCUAAUUUAAGUUCUCAGUCAAGUCCUCGCGUGAGAGAUGGUAGAACUGCUGAUAGUAUUCAGCUGUUCGAGGAUGGCGCCUAUACUGAAAAUGGCAGGGAAAGCCAUGUAGAAGACUUCCCUGAAGUUAAGGUUGACUUCCAGGAGACAUUUUUGGGCCACACAAGUCCAAUAACUCGCUGUCGUUUUUCUGCAUCUGGAAACAAUAUAGCCAGCGCCUCUGAAGAUGGCACAGUAAGGAUAUGGACGUAUGACUCAUCAACUCCGUCAUCUAGAAAUGCAACCAUUUAUUGUGGAGCCAAGAUUAUGUCACUUGACUGGGAGUGUAAAUCUGACCGAUUGCUUCUCAUAGGCACUGCUGAUGGAGGCAUUAAAGCAUGGAAUGUCGAUGCAAAAAGAGUUGUCUGUGAUCUUAGCACGAGUGAAGAAUUUCCUAGUAUCUUGGAUAUAAAGUGCAGCCCUGUAGAGCCAAUUUUUGUUACUGCAGCAGCAUCCAAGGGGUACGGAUCAAGUUACGCUGAUAAUAUGGGGUUUGCUUCAUUAACCGUGUGGAACAUGAAGACGUGGAAGGCCAUGACAGUUCUUCCUCUUGGUAAAGAUCCACCUGCAAUAACAUCCCUCAGUUUCAAUCACAAUGGCAAAAUUUUAGCGGCCACUGCAACUGAUGGAAUGAUUCACAUGUUUGAUAUGUCUGCCUGUCUACAAAUAACCGGUUGGCCUGCACAUGACUCUGCUAUAAGCUCCAUUCUUUUCGGGCCUGAUGAGACAAGUAUUUUCAGUUUGGGAGUAGAUGGAAAGGUGUUUGAAUGGAGCUUGCAAAACCAAGGUCAAAUCCUUUGGUCAAGGAACUGUAGCAGGUUCUGUGACCCCGAGAGCUCAAAAAAUUGCAGACAUGAAAUGGCUUUAGAUGCCAAUGGGAGGAGACUGUUGGUCACAUCCGGUUAUGUAAGAGCACCCAUAUACCAGGUCCGGGGUCAUGCGAAUGGGUUGAGAACUCUCCCACACAGUGCUGCCAUAACUACUGUAGAUUGGCACCCGACGUUACCCAUCUUCUUAACAGGAUCAGCUGAUAACUCUGUCCGAGUGACAUCUUUGUCAUAAACGUUUCUGACUCCAUCUUCGUGUUCUUAGUGUGCCUGACGUUGAAUGAAGUUCACUCGCAAUGUGUUUGAACUGGUUUCGUUCUGGCUUUCAUCCGAGCAAUGUGUCUUGUAUUCGUAUGUUGGUGUAAAUCAUUGAACAGAUUUCAUAGAUCAUAGCAAUUCUUUGAUGCACUCAUCUUUUGCCCUUGGGGCUGGGAAAUGCCCUGUUUUAUUGAACUUUAUAUGAUUGUUGUUGGAACUA